UACAAAUUAAUUAUAGUAAAACCUGUGAAAGCGGACCAUAUAUAUAAUAUAUAUAUUCAGCUAUUAAAAACUGCCUUAUCCGUGCCUGAAACCAAAAAAAAAACACACUUUAUAAACAAACAAACAAAAAAACACAUACACACUUACACACGUUAACCUUUUUAUUUCAAAAAGUUUAAAAAUUUAAGAAAAAAGGAAAAUUGAUUGGGUGGGUUACACCAGUUUUUAUUAUUAUCCUCAUCCUUCAAUUAUAACGUCGGGCAGCUUUUACAAAAGCCGCCAUCAAUAUUUCACUUUUAAGUUGAUACAAAUUUACAAGUCAAAAUUGCUGCCAUGGGUCGGAAGAAAAUACAGAUCUCAAGAAUUACUGAUGAACGGAAUCGACAGGUUACGUUUAAUAAACGUAAAUUUGGUGUUAUGAAGAAAGCAUACGAAUUAUCGGUAUUAUGCGAUUGUGAAAUAGCAUUAAUUAUAUUCAGUAGCAGUAACAAAUUAUAUCAAUAUGCAAGCACUGACAUGGAUAAAGUUUUAUUGAAAUAUACCGAAUACAAUGAACCGCAUGAGUCGUUGACAAACAAAAACAUAAUAGAGGCACUUAAUAAGAAGGAGCAUAAAAACGGAGUAAUGAGUCCAGACAGCCCGGAACCAGAUGCAGAUUUUCAACUUACACCACGAACCGAAGCCAAAUACAGCAAAAUUGACGAAGAAUUUCAAAUGAUGAUGCAACGGAAUCAAAUUAAUGGACAAAGAGUGGGAAUGGGAGCUUCAAAUUACACAAUGCCAGUUACUGUUCCUGCAAACAGCAGUUAUAACGAUUCGGUUCUACUUCAAUCAAGUCCCCAAAUGGCACACACAAGCAUUAGUCCCCGGCCUUCGUCAUCUGAAACUGAUUCUGGUAAUUUUUAUCCCAGCGGAAGUAUGUUAGAAAUAAGUAAUGGAUAUCCAAAUUCAUCAUCUCCUCUAGGUGGUUCGCCGUCGCCAGGCCCUAGUCCUGGGCCGAUAGGAAAAAGUGGAAUGUUACAUCCACCUCGACAGCACUCACCAAUACCUCGAACAAAUUUACGCGUUGUUAUACCUACAGUACUUGGACCUUCUAUAAAUCAAAAUGACGAUGUCUCUUAUAACGAUAACCAUCACAACAAAAUGUCCACAUCGUCCUUGAAUACACCGGUUGUUGCUUUACAGACACCAUCAAUACCAGGACUCAGCUAUCCCAGUUCAAUGACAUCAUUUAGCGCACAGGACUUUAGUAUGAGCACAGAUAUUGGUCUCGGUUCUCUUCCAUGGAGCACACAACAGCAACUUCAAACUUCAUUAGCUCACCAAAGUUAUACUGUUUUUCGAUAUAGUGCUCUUCCACAUCUAGCAGUAUCUAGUAGCACACCACCUCCGUCAUCGUCACCAUUGCCAAUGAAAAUCAAAAGUGAACCAAUAUCACCGCCACGUGAUCAUCACGGAGCUGGCGGAGGUAGUAUAUCAUGUGGCUCUGUACAAACUGGUGGCAAUGGACCAACAUCAACUGGAUCAACGAUGCAUAUGAGUGGUAAUAGUCUAGGCUUAUCGGCUUCACCACAUUCGCUCAAUUUAUCACAUACACAUCACAGUUUACCCAGACCGAAUUCCACUGGGCACUUAACACCAACUUCAGGAACGAUUACACCGACAAAUAUGCCAUCACCAGGAAGUGGAGGAGUUGGCGACAACCGGCAUAGUGGUAGUUCCGAUUAUGAUAGUGGCCCAAUGAUGAAACGAUCUCGUGUUGGUGAGAAUUGGGCCACGUAGUGGUGUUGGAAUGGGCCCAUAGACAACUAUGUUUAAAUCAAACACAGCCAUGUUUAUUCCACAUCGACUGGACGAAAAAUUUUUGUGCUGGGAUUCUUAACAGCACGAUUUAUAUAUAUAUGGGGCCCAUAUUAAAUAUAUAUAAAUAAAAUUUUUGAUUUUUAAAGUGAAUGUAUUUUUUAGUCAGACAUAUCAU